AUGGCUGACGAAUACGAUGCCGAGCAGGCUGCUGAGCUCAAGAGAAAGAGAGCGUUCCGAAAGUUCUCUUACCGUGGAAUCGACCUUGACCAGCUUUUGGACAUGUCCAGCGAAGAUUUGGCCACUGUGUUCCCUGCCCGCCAGAGAAGACGCAUCAACCGUGGCCUGAAGCGCCGCCCCAUGGGUCUUAUCAAGAAGCUUCGCAAGGCCAAGCAGGAGGCUGAGGCCAACGAGAAGCCCGAUGUUGUCAAGACUCACCUCCGAGACAUGAUCGUCGUUCCCGAGAUGAUCGGUAGCGUCAUUGGCAUCUACUCCGGCAAGCAGUUCAACCAGGUCGAGAUCAAGCCUGAGAUGGUUGGUCACUACUUGGCUGAGUUCUCUAUCUCAUACCAACCCGUCAAGCACGGUCGACCCGGUAUCGGUGCCACUCACUCUUCUCGUUUCAUUCCCCUCAAGUAA